AAAUAAUAGUGAAAAAGGACAAAACCCUCAGCAAAACCCUUUCUUGAACGGUGACAAGUGAAAGCCCUAACUCUGGAAUUUGGUGGGUGGCUGCAAUGGCUUCUCGUUAUAGAUCUGUUUCCCAACCAGCAUUGUCCUUUAUCAAAUCCACCAUCACAAAACCAGCUUCCAAGCCCACACCCUCAGCUUUUCUCCUCAAAACUCGUUCUCCGGUUACGGCCAGGUGGGUGGGUGGGGAGCUCGGUUGCCUGCAGUCGCUGCUUCCGCUGCACUCGGCGGUGUCGUCGGCGCGCCUCACUUCUUGUCUAGGCAUCGAUUCGAGUAGGUCGAGGUCGUUGUCCCAGGGUAUGCUCUGCAGUGCCAAUCCCGGAGUUUGAUUUCUCCAAUUCUUUUUUACCCCUUUCUUCUCUAAUGUAGAAUAUACUGCAACAGAAGGGUGAUCAAAUUAAAGAGAAUACAGGGACACAACAGUAACUGAGGGCUGAGAGAACACACGACAGACUGGAACAGAACGACUUGGAUCAUGGUGUGGCCAGAGAACACUUAAGGUUUACUAAAAUUCUGAUUUCCAAAGGAUAAGAGGGGAGAUUCAACUCUCACAUUAUUUAGUACAUGUUAGUUAACGGUCUUAGUUAGUUAAUUGUUAGAUUCAGUAAGUUUCUUGUAAUUAGGGGAUUGAACAAAACGGAGUAAGGCAUGCAGUUGGUUAUAAAUGGGACGGAGGAUCCAGAGAAGGGUAUCCUUUCAUUUGAGAAGUGCAGACCGCCAAGUCUCUGUGAGCGUGAUCAUACUAUAUUCAGGGGACUUUUUCUCAUUUUCUGUAUAAUUCUGAUCCCGUUUCUGUCAUAGACAAUUAUACUUUUCCUAAGCGUUGUCUCAAUAAACAACUUAGGUGACAACAAUGCUAUGCUUGUUAUUCAUUGGUUUCAUCCAUGUGAUGAAUAGCAUUUGGAAACCCAUUUAAAAAGUAAAAAAUGAUAUUUGGAAUGUAGAAGCUAAAACUAUCAAGUUCUCAGUAAAUGUGUAAAACCAAAUCUGGGAUGUGAACAAAAUAAUUCAUCUAUAAUUCUCCUUUUCAAUUUCCAUGUAAAACCAAAGGAUGCAAUGCCUGCCUGCUGCUACCUUGUAUGUUUAUUUACCUUCAAGCUUCAGCCUUUUUACAUAUUCACAGCCAUUUUUUCACGAACUGCGUCGCUUUGAUUUUUUGCUCUGGUACUGUUUGUGUUAAAAGUCACUUGCUUUGCUUAGUUAUUAUUCUGUUGUGUAGAUAAGACUUC